ACCAAUCUUUAGCAUCUCAGCUGGAGGCACAUCGGAGGAUCCUUCCCUUUCCCCUAUUCCUUCUCCCUGCAGCCCCCGAGAAGAUCGCGGAUAGGCGGAGCAGUUGCAAGGUGAGUUUCCCUGCGGUCGCUUCCCGGUGCCGGCGCUGCUCGGGGCAGGUGACAUAAGGUCUUGCCAGGGAAAUGUGGCAUCAAGGAGUGGGCUCUGCUGAGGAGCUCCUCGUGGGCUGACUGACAUGUAUCGAAGGUCAGGAGUAGUUUUUGGAUGAGACCUGUGGCAGCUGGGAAUAUUAAACAGCAAGCUGGAAAAAAAACAUGAAUGCUUCGGUUCUUGAUCCUCUGGGAAAUAAUUCCAGUCACCUGAACUUUUCGGAGAAGAACUCGCAGAUCUUGCAGUUUGAAGAUGAGGACUGCCAUGUGCCUUUGGCCAUGGUCUUCACCUUGGCCUUGGCUUACGGGACUGUGAUAAUUCUGGGAGUCUCUGGGAAUCUGGCCCUGAUUGUCAUCAUUUUGAAACAAAAGGAAAUGCGCAAUGUUACUAACAUCCUCAUUGUCAACCUGUCCUUUUCUGACCUUCUAGUGACCAUCAUGUGUCUUCCCUUUACCUUUGUGUAUACUUUAAUGGACCACUGGAUUUUUGGGGAGGCCAUGUGCAAAUUGAACCCUUUUGUGCAAUGUGCCUCGAUCACAGUCUCGGUCUUUUCCUUAGUUCUUAUUGCUAUCGAACGCCAUCAGCUGAUCAUCAACCCCCGUGGCUGGAGGCCAAACAACAGGCACGCCUACAUGGGGAUCGCUGCCAUAUGGGUUUUGGCCACGGCUUCCUCCUUGCCUUUCCUGAUCUACCACGUGCUGACAGAUGAACCCUUCAGAAACAUAACAUUUGAUGAAUAUAAGGACAAAUACGUGUGCCUGGACCUCUUCCCCUUGGACACUGCCCGGCUUUCUUAUACCACCACUCUUUUGGUGAUUCAGUACUUUGGACCACUUUGUUUUAUAUUUAUUUGCUACUUAAAGAUAUACUUUCGCUUGAAAAAAAGGAGCAACAUGAUGGACAAGAUGAGAGACAGUAAGUACAGAUCCUCUGAAACCAAAAGGAUCAACAUCAUGCUGAUCUCGAUAGUGGUUGCCUUUGCAGUUUGCUGGCUUCCUCUCACCAUUUUCAAUAUCGUGUUUGAUUGGAACCAUGAAAUUCUGCCUGUUGCUACUUGCAGCCACAAUCUGCUGUUCCUGAUCUGCCACCUCACUGCCAUGAUCUCCACCUGCGUGAACCCUAUUUUCUACGGGUUUCUCAACAAGAACCUCCAGAGGGACCUGCAGUUUUUAUUUCACUUUUGCCAUUUCCGAUCCCGUGAGGAAGAUUAUGAGACUAUAGCCAUGUCCACCAUGCACACAGAUGUCUCAAAAACCUCUCUAAAGCAGGCAAGCCCAGUCGCAUUUAAAAAAAUAAAUAGUGAUGAUGAUGACAAAAUAUAAAGAAGUAAUAAUAAUUCUACACCAAACCUUUGAAAGCGUGCCCACAGGUGGAAUGUGCCCAAGGACAAGCACAAUUAUGUAACAAGUACAAACUGGGUAACGCGUUUCUUCUUUUUCCAAGGAACUUUGAUUGUUGUCACUUUGAAAUUUUAUGCUGUGCGUUUUUGCCCCUUACACUGCUUUAAUGUUCACAGCAGUUAUAUCUGAAUCUUAUUAUAAAAAGUAGCUGGACUUGCUACUACCUAUGGUUUUCAUCAACUUUCUCUUGUUCUGUUUUUUUUUUUUUUUGUACAGUUAUGUACUUUAGCACAAAGAUACAUUCAUUGAUUAGAUUUUUUUUAGUUAUUAUUUCUUUCCCCAAAUAAGUAGUUCUCAGGAUUGUCCACUUAAGACCAUUAGAAGCGAUAUGAACUGCAGGGAGGCUGUCACUACAGAGGACACCCAUCCCAGCAUAAAAUUAGGACAUUCUGAUCAGAAGAGUUGUUCCUUUGUUUGUCUGUUUGUUUUUGUUGUUUUUAAUCUGUCUUUUGAUCAAUGUUAAAAUCCUGUGAAAGUAGUGGAGGCAUGCACAAAAUGAUUCUGAGAAACCCGUAGAUCACGUUAAAUGGGGACGUGCCUUUGUCUCAUUCAGAGAGGCAAUUCAGACUGUAAUCACUUCGGUUCAAAGGCAGGAUUAGGAGAGAAAUUCUGUUCUCAUUUACGAGAAUAAAAACCUGGAGUAAUUCCACAGAGCACAAUGGGAUAACUCUGAUUUUCACCGCAGCAAAUUAAAGCACAAAUGGGCCUUUAAUCCGAAGUGAUUAUAGCUGAUUUUAGUAAUACAGGCUUUUUUAAUUUAAAAAACCCAAACCCUAUUUUCAUCUGCCAUCACUGGAAGACUGGGAUGAAAUCUGCCCUCGGUCCCAAGCCUAUGAACCAUGUAAAUUCUCCUUAUGUCCUAUGUAUGAAUGUCAAGAAUCUGAAGGGAGGUGGCAACGUUUGCUUUCUGUACAAGGUGUGAUUCCAUCCUUGCAGAUGAUGUUACAAGUCAGGUUUGGGAUUAAAAAACAAAAAUUGGCUGUAGCUACCUGAAUCAUUUCAUAAAUAAUUAGUGCUGCUCUAUAUAAACGAUGUAUAGCCUCAUUAUAUUCUAUGUUCAGAUGCAAUGAUAUGAACCUGGAUUAUCUCCAAGGUGAUGGAUGACUUAAUUAAGUUCAGCAAAACUUAAAAGGAUAUAGUGUGGUUGCAGUUGGUACAUUUUGCUUCCAAACUCACAGUUUCUACAGUUGACUAAAGUGUGGGAAUAUUUGCCAAAUAUACACAAUAGAGCUCUGUGUGUUACUGCUUAAAAUAUAUAUCCUCUAAUUACAUGAAGUGUACAUGACUAGAUCCCCAGCUGAGGGAAGCCUACAUAACUUGGCUGCUGUAAAUGAAAUGAUAACAAUAUCAGCCAGCUGAGGCUCUACGUCAUAUAGUGUAUUCUUUGCUAUACAAUCAAUGCCUUUUCAAAUAAUCAGCUUUUUAAGAUACAAUAUAGUCCUUAUUUAGCAAUAUCGCUUUAUACCUUCUGACAGAGAAGAGUGUCUUUAAAAUAGGUGUAAAUGUAGCAUCAAUGGGAACAAAAUCUGAUAUCUUUCUGAACAAAAAGAUCUCAGGAUGUGCUGGUGAAUUUAAUACUCUCUGAAUUUGAUAUGGAUAACUGUCUAAGAAAGGAAAAUCAUUCAAUUUGCCAGUAUUUAAAAGAAAAGAACUGUGCCUUGUGCAGUCUUAAAAACAGUGUAAAAUAUAAAGGUAGCAAUGUGUUCUUGUGCAUUGUAAUUCCAUGUAUUUCUUUACUGACAGAUAACUUAAUUAAAAAGGAAGUUUCUGUACUUGAAAACAGAGAGAGAAUGUAUAAAAUGAAUUAUAUGACAGAGCUUUCUUU